CCGCUUCGCUCCGCCUGCGCUCGCCCCGCCGCCGGAGACAGCCGCCCGCCGGCGCGGGGAACCAAAACGGCCGAUCCUCGCGAGAGCCUCAGCGCUGCAGUAGCGGGCAGGCGCCGGCGGGCGGGCGGGCGAGCCGGCGGACGGGCGAGGGAGGGAGGCGAAGGCUGUGGAGACCGGGAUCCGGGGGGGGGUGAGCCAAGAGCGGCCAUCUGUGCUUCGGUGGUGACCUGAGAAUUAUUCUGCGCAAUACACAAUACUUUAAAGACAAGGAAACACCAUGGGAGAAAGAGUGAACAAUUUCCCCCCUCUGCCCCACUUCAUCCCCCUGAAGCCAUGUUUUUAUCAGGAUUUCGACGAGGAAAUUCCACCCCUUCACAGAACCACGGUCAAGCGUCUUUACUACCUCUGGAUGCUGAAUAGUAUCACCUUGGCAGUCAAUCUGAUCGGUUGUCUCGCAUGGCUGAUUGGAGGCGGUGGAGCCGUUAACUUUGGACUGGCAAUCCUUUGGCUUAUUCUCUUUACACCCUGCUCCUACGUCUGCUGGUUUAGACCUAUUUACAAAGCUUUCAAGACGGACAGUUCCUUCAGCUUCAUGGCUUUCUUCUUCACUUUCAUGGCUCAGUUGGUGAUCAGCAUCAUUCAAGCCAUCGGCAUCCCUGGCUGGGGAGUUUGUGGCUGGAUUGCAGCGAUCUCUUUCUUUGGGACCAACGUGGGCUCGGCUGUCGUGAUGCUGAUUCCCACCAUUCUCUUCACAGCCAUGUCUGUGUUCUCCUUCAUUGCUCUCAGUAUGGUGCACAAAUUUUACCGAGGGAGCGGCGGCAGUUUCAGCAAAGCUCAGGAGGAGUGGACCACCGGCGCUUGGAAAAACCCUCAGGUCCAGCAGGCGGCACAAAACGUGGCCGUGGGCGCCGCUCACAACGCCAUGAUGCAGCAGGAAACGCAGUAUUCAGCCACCCCUAACUAUAACUACCCCAACGACAUAUGAGAAGUUGCAGGAACUCCCCCGUCCGAGGUGAAACCCCCCCCCAGAAGAAGUUGGCUUUAGGUGGGCAAAGGAAGGAACGAAGAAGGCGUGUGUUGUGGGGUGCGGGUAUCUUGUGUAGGUUUCCAAGGGAUGAAUCCCACCAUCUUUAUUGCUGGGGUGGGGUGGGGUGGGAAGGGGAGGUGGCAAGAUGGCGGGAGAGACGCUUCCACGAGAAAAAUCUCUGAAUUUGAUUCUUCUUCCUCUUCCUGUCCUUGGGCCUCCUGUGGUGUCUUCUCUCUCCUUCUCCUCCUCAUCCUCCUCUGAAGAAGAAACGCAUUGCCCUGCAGGACAGUUGUGUUGUGCUGUGGUGCCUGUAUGUGUGUGUGCUCAUUUCUCCUAUAUUUUUUUUUUGGUGAAACUGUGUACGGUGGUGUUUUUUCGACAUUUCUUGUGGUGAUCAUGAUUUUCCUAGCCGCAUCGGAGCACUGGAGGGAAGAGGUCUUCUUCGCCUCUACGAGAGGGAAGCCUUGAGCAUUUCACCCAUUCUCGAUUGUCGCCGAUUCUCCCUGCGGUAUGGUGGGUCGCUGGCUUCAUAACCCUUCACUCCUCCUCCUCCUCUUUCUCUCUCUAAAAGCCACAGCAAUAAACCCAGCAGCUAGAAACCUGGCUAAAUAUGGGCUUAUUUCACAUUCCCGGGAAGGCCGUGUUUAUCAAGAUGGAAGCCAAGACGGCCUACUCUGUCUUGGAUCUUUUCAUUGUCUCUAUCCUGUUUCCUUUCCUAGGUCGCUCCAUUUUACGAGCCUCUGCUUACUCGAUUGAUCAGAGUUGAUGAUACCGUGUUUCCCUGAAAAUAAGACCCUGUCUUAUAUAUAUAUUUUUUGAACCCUGAAAUAAGCGCUUGGCCUUAUUGCCAUGCGCUCAAAAGCCCGAUUGGGCUUAUUAUCAGGGGAUAUCUUAUUUUGGGGGAAACAACUUUUAAAAAGCAGAUUCAUUUUGCUUUGGAAGCAGCCAAGCGAUUAACACUUUUUACUCUGACUUCCUUGCAGAAUAUUUGCUCCCCUCCUUUCAAAAGUAUCUGCGGGGAAGGGGUGUGUGUGUUUCAAAAUAAAUACAUGAAUAAAUAAAUCAAAGCAACUUUGCAAAUAAAUUGGCAAAGCUGUGCCUCCUUUUAUCCUAUCUCGCAUCUUGAUUUCUGGUUUUCCUCACUUGCAGACUUUUCUGUUUGGUUCCCUUGCGUGAUUCUACUUCUUUCCAGGAUCUAUCAAGUCUACCAAACUGUAUUGGGCAUCUGUUGAUCAGGGGAGCACUCAGGUGCAAUUACGCUGUCUUGUUUUAAGCAGCUGUGUUGAUCUCAGACAGCAAUCUCUUCUUGAAAGCUUCCAGCGAUGACGCUCCCACAACUUCCAAAGGCAAGCCGUUCGAUUGGUUGAUGGUCAGAAAAUUUCUCCUUACUUCUAGUUGAAUCAGUAUUUGAGGGUCUGCCACAGAGAGGAGGGGGUCAAGCUAUUUUCCAAAGCGCCUGAAGGCCAGACAAGAAAUAAUGGAUGGAAGUUGAUCAAGGAGAGAUUCAACCUAGAAAUAAGGAGAAAUUUUCUGACCGUGAGAACAAUCAACCCAUGGAAGAGAAGUUGCCUUUGGAAGUUGUGGGAGCUUCACCACUGGAAGCUUUAAAGAAGAGACUGGACUGCCAUCUGUCAGAAAUGGUGUAGGGUCUCCUGCUUGGGCAGGGGGUUGGACUAGAUGGCCUACAAGGUCCCUUCCAACUCUGUUAAUCUGUACAAACCCCUCCAACGCAUGUCAAUUAAAGUAGCAUUGUGGGGGGUCCUUGGUGCUCUCUGAGCUUGGCUGUCGUUUUUUUGCAAACAUUUCCUGACCCAACUAGAUAACGUCGUCAGUGCUCUGACGGUGUUGGUGGGGGGGGGGAUGGCUCUGACGGGGAUGGCGGACGUCAAGAAAUGAUGAUGUUACCAGGUGACGAAACGCCUCCAAGAAAACAACUUCACUGGAAUUCCGAAAGUUGAAAUCCACACAUCUCAACCUUGAACAAGGUGGAGAAACGCUCCUGUACAUUUUUCGAUUCGCAAGAUUGCUUUUAUUUGCUGGACCGUGUGCUGAUCGCAACGGUCUGAUGGGAGAAGCUGAGAAUGUUGUCAUUAUGCUAAAGGAGGUUCUGUAUAUUUGCAUCGAUUCCAAAUGGGCUCCUUUUAUUCUAGCACUGUAGAGGCCUGUUCUCCUUUGGUGGAGAAUAGUUGUGUCACAGAAUAGCCGUGGCCAUCACAAUCCUGACGCUGUAUCUAAUUCACCGUGCAAUCUUUUUUUUUAAUUUAAAAAUAGAUAUCUCAAUGGGAAAAGGAAGGGGGGGAUUUUAAAACAUCUGACCACAUGUGAUUAUACAAUUGUUCCAUGUCUGUCCCUGAUGAAACAGUGUCAACCUGGAAAAUUAAUGAAUAAAAUAAACUGUAUCAAUAAAA